GCAGCAGGCUGUGAUCGUAAAAUGCAAAACUCUGGUCUUCUUUUGAAGAGCCUUGCUCUCCUGCCUCUGAUUUGUACGAUUGAGUUUCGGACUUUGAGAGUAUCCGCCGCGAGAGGAACUCCGUCCAUAGCUCCUGCCUUUGAAAGAGGGUCUGGAGAUUACCGCCCAACGUUCAUUCAAACUUUACACAAUGUCCGAAAUAAUGACGAAUGUAAACGCCUUGGAUACUGGCCUGGAUCCAGAGCCAUUGCUCGCGCUCGUAUACCCUGUGAUCGUGCAAGGAUUGCCCUGAAUCGGCUUAAUGUGUCCGGCGUAUCCAGCUGCCAUGAAGCAGCAUGCCUGCCUAAGCAUAAAUUCGGGUUACCUUCGGCUCCGCCUUUUUGUCGAUGGAGUUGGGGCUGCGCCUUUUAUUGUGAUCCUGUGACUGGCAGAGAGACCUUUGAGAAAAAUGGGAGACAAGUCUCAAUCUUCCGGCUUUCAGAGAUUCAAAUUCCACUCCAGUGACGCUCUUCCGGCAUUCAGAGAUUGUAAACAGCUAUCUUAACGCGACGUCAUGGAAUCCGAGACUUGUAGAGAACCAGGAACUUAUUGAGAGUACUUCCACUGUUAUAAUUUUAAUUCACUGCAAAAAAUAGGGUGUGUUUCUUGCUUUUUCUAUUUUUUUUAAAUUCAUGCACCAAUUCUUUAAAUGUUUGUUCAGAAAUGUCCAGUAAAUCCGGAAGGUGUCGUCAGCAGACCUGUUUCAAAGCUUUAUUAUACCAUUUUAGCAGAACCUACAUGAUUAUUAGUUUGUUUAUGAUUUUCCCUUGUAUACAAAAUAAUCCAGAUACUGUUGAUGACAAAUGAGUACAUAAUAUUUCAACGAAUAAGGCCGUAACUUCAGUGACUGACUGGUCCAAAAUAGGACACACAACCG